CACCACGAUGCAGCACCACUCGAUGAACGCAGCGACUUUCAUGUGCGCUUGAUUGAGUGAGCGAGACUGCACGGAGCUGGCGGAGCAGGGUGGAUAUUCUGUACACAACAAACACCGGCGAAGCAGCCUCUGGACCACACAGCGUGGACGUGUCGUGUCCCUCCCGCGCCCUCUGCGCCUGCAUUGACCGCCCGUACACUGAGACGACCGUGACGAUCCUCGCCAGCAUUUUUAUUGACCAUGGACGUGGCCACCCGCUUCCAGCCCAGGCCGCGCACUGGCUCUUCCUAUCUGGAGCGAGAGCGCAAUGCGAAUGGCAGCAAUGCGCCCGCAGAAGGCUCGGGCAGUGAAUCCGAGUCUCUGGUCCGCCGCAAGUUCCAGCGCACGGCAGCAGCUGACCCACCCGACACCACCGAUCACACGUUCCGCAAGCCCGCUCUGCCGGCUUCAGCAACAAGACCAGCUGCCGAUCACAAGCCCAGUUUCAGUCACCGACGACGAAGCGCGCUGCGAGAGAAUGUGAGGGUGCCAAGUGGGCCAAGAGAGUUUCCCAGUCCUGGCAAGAGAGUGCCCAGUGGCAGCAUCAGCUCCAUCACACCUUCCGUCUCGGAGGCGACCAACAGCUCACGCUCCUUCCUGCCCCAGAGCACCUCUGAACCAUUCAUCAAGCCAGGAGGACUCGCACAGUUUGGGUUCAAUGACGAUAAUCUCGACAACAUUGAUACGCCAGUGACACCUGCCGAUCCGGUUGGCAACGACGACUUCGGCUUUAUUCCAACAGUAAACUUUGACGAUCUACAAAAUUCUAUUGCUAAUUAUGACGGGAAUGGGCCGCUCCUGAGCGACUUCCCGGCAGCGGGAGGAGGCCGGACAACGCAUCAAGAGACGAGUGGCAGCGGCAGCAGUAUGUCGAAGGGGUCAGGCCUGGAAGGCAGCAAGCCGCAGGCGUCCAGGCUGGGUGAGGACGCUGUCGUGACCAGGACAUCGAGCUUGCGUCGGAGGCUGAGCGCAGUCACGGGUGGUAGCAAGCAGGCAUCGCAUCAGGAGAGGUCAAGGGACGCGUCUGGCUCGUCGCAGCCUGGUGGCCUGUCUCUACGAAGCAGACGCCAAAGUACAGCACCUACAGGCCCGCCUCCGUCUGGACCCGCGCCGCCUCCUGUCGGUGCAGGCACGCGGCCUCCUCGCAAAUCGCUUGGUCCGGGCGUGAUCUCUUCGAUGAUGGAAGCACGAAAAGCCAGUCAGCCGUUGCCGAGCGCUGCCACCGACCCGAAUCUCAAAAGCAGCCUCGCGCGAACGAGCAGCCUCAGCAAAUCGAGACGUACCACAAUGCAGCCACCGGCAUCUGGGGGAGCGGAGUUGCCUCGUGUCUCCACGCUGCAAGCUACCACUCAGUCGCGGGCGAACAAGGUGAAAAGUUUACAGCCCCCUCCAAGGGAGCCGGCAGACCCAAACACGCCUCCAGUGCGGCCUGUAUCCAAGGCCCAUCUUGCUCGAGCUCACACUCCGUCGUCCUCGGGGAAUAAGCGCCAGUCUACUGCUUCAGGCAGGGCAUCUGGCUUAGGUGCACGCACAAUCAGUCCAACCGACGCACGGCGAUUGAAGAGACUUUCAAUGAUGCAGGCUCCUCCUCUGCCAGGCAAUCCACCUAAAGAUCACCCUCCGCCUCCACCACCUGAAGAGUUUGGAGCCGCGAAGCUUGAGUUCCCGAGACUUGCUCAACCCAGCCCAAGCUUGAUUCCCAGGAAAGCAAGCGUCGCAACUCCUACGUCUGCACGAGCCUCUCCUGAAGCGCGUUUCGGAUUCAGCCAGGGAGGCGGCGGAGUGAGUCUGAGCUCAAAAUCAAGCUACCAAUCCUUGAACAACUCGUCCGGAUCGGCCUCACGUCUGCCUACGCCGAAACCAAGAAAUGUGCACUCCAGUUCUGCACAGUACGGCGACGAAGAAGAAGAAGUUGUGCCACCGGUGCCAGCUAUUCCAAAGGCAUACGAAAGCCCUCGCGAAUGCGAGCUGCCUUUCUUUACCAACGCACUGCGAACAUCACAGUCUGGCAGCAACUUCGGUAGCAGUGAGCGAAUGGUAGGCGAGCCCGAAAGCGACAUACCCUUACUGUCGAGACCGCAGCAAUCGGAGAGGCGCUCCAAACAUUCCGUGGAUCUCAGCCGAGUGCAUCAUCGCAUAAGUACCAUGGAAAACAUUGAGAGAAGUAUGAACGCCGCUGAAGCUGCUAAACCGGCACGGCAGCAGCAACUGGAUGCCACAGGCCGCAAGAAUAGCAGUCUUCAGCCCCUUCGCCUUCCGCCAUUGAAUCUCAUGCCCCUCCACUCCUCCAGCAACAGCAAAUCUGGCUUCUCGAGGCCUAGCCAAGAUCUCGUGCGCGACGAUGAUUUCGCGAGUUUUGCUGGCAUUGCACAGACUCCAGAGCCCAAGCGAAAUGCGAAGACUCCUUCUACACCCAUGACAGCAAGUAAAGCCACUUUCACGCGCCGCCAGGAUGAGGAAAUGGCCAAGCAAAAAGCCAUGCGAAGCUCCUCAUCACACUAUGCACUAAGAGGUCCGAUGCAGUAUGACAACAGUGUCACACAGUUCUUCGAUGACACAGAAAAUGAGUUCGCUGGUAGUGGUGUUCCAAUUCCGGGUCCGAAGCAGCGAAACGCCAUCACUCCAUUUUCUUCGGGAUCACUACCGAAGCAGUCCGGAGA